GAAGAAGAAGAAGAAGAAGAGAACGCGUUCCUUCCACCUUGAUUCAUCUCUUUAUAUAUCUUUUCCUUUCUUUCUUUCUUCCUUCACCAUUUAGGUGAGGGAGCUACUUUACUCACUUCAUUGUCAAUAGCUAGCAAGCUCUUCUUCUUCUUCUUCCUCCUCCUCCAGCAGGCCUCUGUUGCCGUGCGUGCAUCACAAACUGAUUAGCUAUAUACUUAGUUGGCUCCCAUACAGAUCCAUCCACCACAGAAAAGAUUAGGACCAGAUAGCUAGGAUGCAACAGGCAAGGGCAGCGGCAGGGGAGGACAGCAGCAGCAGCAGCAGCGCGCACACGGUGAACGCAGCCGCCGUCGUUCUGGCCGCCGCCGCGCGGAGCAGCGACGGCCUGCGCCCCCAGCUCCACCACCACCAUCUCCACGGCCACGACCACGACCCCUCCGCCGCCGCUACGAAGAAACGGUGGUGGUCGCGGCUGUCGUCCACGCUCUGCUUCCGCCCGCACUUCCACGCCCACCCGCGCCGCGUCAUCGCCGAUGCCUACGCAGACGGAGACACGCCGCCACGCCCGCUCGCCGCAGCAUCCCACACGGCAUCAGCAUCGGCUUACGUCCACCAGGCCCCGCCUGCCCACCCGGUCUUCGCCUUCGCCGCGCCGCCCUCGUCGCCGGCCUCCUCGCUCUUCCAGUCGGAGGCGCCAUCACCGGUCCUCCUCGACCUCCACGGCACCGCCGGCAGCUCGCCCGGCAUGUUCGCCGUGGGGCCCUACGCGCGCGGGCCGCAGCAGCUGGUGUCGCCCCCCGUGCUCUACUCCGCGCUCACCACCGAGCCCUCCACCGCGCCGCGCACGCCCCCGGCCACCACGGGCCCCUCCUCCCCCGAGGUCCCCUUCGCGCGCUUCGUCGACGACGGCGGGCACGAGCUGCUGUUCCACCACGCCGCGUACCAGCUGCGGCAGCAGGGGAGACCCCUCGUCUCGCCGGAGCCGGGGUCCCCUUCGUCGCCGAGGCUGUUCCGGAAGCUGCACCGGCGCAGCCAGCAGGGCUCGCUUCUCGACGGCCACGUCCCCGUCGCCUCCUCGCGUGAGGGCGCCGACGCCAGGGACGUAGACGAUGAGGAGGAGGAGGACGAGGUGCCCGAUAGCGCCGGGGAGUUCGUGUUCGGCCAUGCCGACGACCGUGGCGCCGCGCCGGAGGAGGACAUAGACGGCAAGAACUGGCAUUUCUUCCCCAUGGCCACGGGUGAGCAGCACGCUAAGAUCUAAGCGUUGCUCUGUCUCUGAAUUUCAUCCGCUAGACUGAAGAACUAACAAGCGAGCCUGACAGACUGACACUGUUGUUCAUCACCCUUGUUUCAGCAAAACAGUCUCCCCAGUACUGUACACAAUUUCUUUCCGUGACAAGAAGCUAACUACUGUUGGUGUA